AUGCGCGUGGCUGGCUGUACUGCUCCCUACCAAAAUGCCGUGAAGUACGCAUUGCAGCCUCGAGCGUACCCGAGCCCACGCCUCCAUUCCUUUCAUUCGAGCGCCGGGCAUGGCUAUGUCCUGAACAGUACACACCACCUCCAUGGCAAAGAUGUUCUACCUCCCCCAAAUCCACAUGCUCGGGAGAUAGCAAUUUUAGGCGGAGGAUUUACAGGCCUUGCUACAGCCUUCCACCUCAGCAGCCAGCUUCCCAAUGCAAAGAUCACAAUACUUGAGAAGAACGACAGGCUUGGUGGAUGGGUUGAUUCAGAGGUGGUCCAAGUAGACAAGGGGGAGGUUUUGUUCGAAUGGGGUCCUCGAACGCUGAGAGCUGGGUCAUCCCCUGCACCGCUUGCUAUGCUCGAGCUGCUUGCGCAACUUCACAUAGGCAAAGACCUCGUCGCGGUAUCAAAGUCCAGUCCGGCUGCCCUCAAUCGGUACAUCUACUACCCUGAUCACCUCGUUCGCUUGCCUGCCCUGUCCAGACAAACUUCGGUCCUUGAGCUGCUUCGAGCUUUGAACUCCCUGCUCACCGAACCGCUGUACGAAGGAAUUCUGGCUUGCUCGAGAGAACCGUGGGUGGCUCCCCGAGAUGAAGAUGUGAAGGACGAAUCCGUCGGAGACUUCAUAUCCCGAAGAUUUGACAAGAAUGUUGCAGAUAACUUGCUUUCCGCUGUAUUCCACGGGAUCUUCGCUGGCGACAUCUACAAGCUUAGUGCUAGAACUUUGCUGCCCCAGCUGUGGCAUCUUGAGACCAGAGAUCGAGAAAGAUCACCUGGCAUUCUUCUGGAAAUCCUGUCCAAUAUGGUGAAUCGCAUCAUGUUCAAGCCCUUCAACGUCAUUUUACACACGCGCCGGCAAAUUCUCGCGCUCAGGUCACAAGAGUAUUACUUCGAAAGACUCCCGAAUAUGGACAGCUUUGACGAAAUGAGCGUCUAUACAUUCAGGCGAGGGCUGGGUCAGAUAACCUCUGCGUUGGAACAAGAACUUGGUAAAAACAAGAAUAUCACCAUUGUACGGUCAUCCUCCGUCGAAGAUGUCGUAUUCAACAAUAGCAAGAAUCAUGUCUCCGUCACCCGAAACCCUGCUGGAAUCACCUCGAACUAUGAUUAUGUGGUUUCGACACUAGGGCCCCGGACAUUGAAACAAUUUCUCUCCAGCAGCGCCCGGGCAUCAGGCUCAACGCUAGAUCCUAAGGUCAUAAAGGCUUGUGAGCACAGCGGCUGCUCGGUCAAUGUCAUGGUUAUCAAUCUUUAUUACAGCAACCCCAACCUGCUGCCCGCGUCACUGAGAGGUUUUGGUUACCUUAUUCCACGUUCCGUACCCCUCGAACAGAACCCUGAGCGUGCGCUGGGCGUCUUGUUUAGCUCCGAGACAUCGGGUCGGUCUGAUUCAGUCACCCCCAGAUCCGCUGGCCCUUAUUUCGUCUCUUUUGACUCCGAAUCGAGUACCCCGGAGGAUCCAGAUCCCCCAGAAGAUUAUUCGGAGGUUGUGUCGCAGGACACCGCCCCAGGCACGAAGCUGACGGUCAUGAUGGGUGGCCAUUGGUGGAGCGAAUGGGCACCAAGUGACCUACCCAGCGAGGAGCAAGCCAUUGAAAUGGCCAAGACUCUUUUGAGAAGACACCUCAACAUCGAGGAAUCUCCUGAAGUGGCCAAAGCGCGGCUCAACCGCGAAUGUAUACCACAGUAUCCUGUUGGAUACGCUCAGGACAUGGCUACCAUCCAGGAAGCUCUGACGUCGACGUUUCACGGACGACUGAAACUCGCAGGUCCUUGGUGGCGGGGCGCUCCCGGAAUGAGCGACUGCGUCCUUUCUGCACGCGAAUCAGCUUGGGCGAUCCGCGACAAGCAAGACGACUACACUGGGAUACAGGGCUACACGCACGAAAAAUGGUGCAGGGUUCAUGUCCCAACUGAUACGACCUCUGUUGAGCGGAUGCAGUGA